AUCACUGCGGCCGGUGACACGCGGAUCAGGUUGGCAGCGCUGCGCGAGGAGCUGGAUUUGCGCGGGCGCUGGCGCGCGCGCAAAUCAAACUUGCGUCUUUGAUCGGUUUCCCCUGUCUCUCAACUUCCACCCUCAUCCCCGCAACACCCCCUCACCUUUUCGAGAUUCCGACUCGGUAUUGUAUCGCGGGGUGACUUUCCGCGUUACCAACCGGUCGGAAAAUCGAUUGGUGAGCGAGUAUCAUCCCCUAGCCAGCGAUAACACGAAAUGAAAGCAUUUUGCCUUGAAUUAACCUCCCUCUUGAUUGUUGUUUGUUGUGUUUUUCUCCGAGUCAAAUUGUUGCUCACCACCAAUAUCUUCUCAAACUACUUAGGUACAAGGCUUUCGUGCGCAUUUUCUUUGAAAUUUAGUGAGUUGUUGAGGUAUAAUCCGUCUUUUUCAGGAGAAUUCCUGAAGUUUUGUCCGAUUGAAUGUUAAAGGAUUCAAGCCACAGAUACUUAACCUUAACACUUCAUGAGUAGAAUUCUAUCGUAUCUUAAACAUCUAUUCUAAGUCUUGAAAUAUUUUCUUCAAUUCAAACUAAAUUGGUUGAAACUCUUCGACAACCGACUAUCAUUUUACUUCUAACUUUAAAGUUUGCUUUUAAGUGGUUGCCCUAAAUUUAUUUUGUAAAGUACCCCAAUAGUAGAAAAUGAUCCAUCAAGGAAGCCUCUACGAUAAAUUUUAGUGUUUUAUUAAACACUGCAUAAGCACCAUUUUUGCGAUAGUUCCUGCUGGUUUUCCUCUCCCUACACCUGGUUGGUGGGAAAGGAAAGACCGCAUCCCAACUUAUGAAACUAGAAGUCAUCGCAAAAGCUUCAAACUGCCUGUUACAAGAAGUCUUAUGUUCAAAGCGAACCCGAAGAUUCUUUUUGGAGGAGUUUUUAUAGCAAUCUCAUGUUCAUUCUUCACAUCCAAUUUCUACAAAUGUUGGAUCCCUGAGUUUACCAGUGACUUUGGUGAGCUGAGCAAUACAACCCUUAUUUCUCAAGAUGGCAGGACAAGCCACAUCCGGGAUUCGGCAUCGUUCGAGAUUAAAGAGAUCCUACCGAACUGCGGAAUUCCUUAUGAGUGUAUGAACGACACCUUUCCAGUCCAUCUCUAUACUGGAGAGAACAAAAGUGACUUCCCUAAAUUAUGUGUUUUUGGCAAAUAUGUGCUGGCAGAAGGUGUGAAUGGGGUAGGACGAGGGUUGAAUGCGGCCAUCGUUGAUCCUUUUCACGGGGAAAUUCUGGCUGUACACAAUUUUGAUACAUACUUAGCUCCUUCAUCCCCAACGUUGGAAGAAUGGCUGCAGAAAAUGAUGGAGUUAGAUGACAUUCUGAUUAUAUUCACUUUUGAUGAAGCAUCAAAAGAAUUUACAUCAGAAGCCAAAAAAGCUCUUUUUCAAUUAGGCAGUGGUAAGAUCCAAGAUCUUCAGUAUCGUUCACAGUGGUAUAUGAUAUCUCAAAAAGGCAUCUCUGGCUUCACUCCGUAUGAGACAUUGCACAAUGCAAAGAACGGUUGGUGGGGAGAGCCCAUUAAUCUACAACUUUGUAUUCCUAAGAAGAUUGUUCCACUUCCAAUCACUCCGGAUCCUUUUCCGCGGUGUAAUCAGCUCCGUGCAUCUUUCUGCGAUACAGCACCUGAGCUUAUCUGUGAUGAAUUUUGUCUAGGAAACAAUCGUCAUGAACCAAUUGGUGCCGCAUUGCUGACAAACAAAAGCUUGAUUGGGAAUGCCGCCUACUCGACUCCAAUCAUGGUUUUGUGCGGAAAAAAUGAAUCAGACUCAUUGUCUUUUCUGGUCAUGACUCUGACUUCUUUGAUUCAUCAGCCAGGAAUCCAGCCGGUCAACGUUCGCUUAUUGCACUAUGCCCAUCAAACGCAUAUCCCACUCCUGGCGAAACUUUUUGGUUUCUUGAGCAAUGUCUACCAACAAAGCUAUUCAAAUCAAAGUGAAACGGAAAUGGCCCUUGAUUUAGCACACAACUUUUAUCCACAGAAAAAAUACAUCAUUAUUAUUGAAAGCGAGUUGAUUCUCUCGCCUGACUUCUUAUUUUUUAUGGCCCAAGUUCUGCCAGUCAUGGAGGGUGAUGAGAGUCUCAUCGGAAUCUCAGCCUGGAACCCUUAUGGUUACGAAAACUUGUCAUCCAAAAAGCAUGAAGCUUACCGCGUUGAAUACUUUCCAGGACUUGGAUUUUUGAUGUCAAUGAGAAUCUACACAGAUUACCUACGUGGAAAUUUUUCUUGCUGUUUUGAAAGAAAUUUCAUCGGUUGGAGUAGCACGUUAAAAUCCUUGCCUGGAUACACUAUCAUUCCGGAUGUCUCCAGGGUAUUGCGCCGACCAAUCGCUCCUUCAGCAGCAUCUGAUGAAUACCAAAAAAUGUUCACAUUUCAGAGAGAAACUAAUGUGGAUGUUGAUGCAUGGAUCGACCACCCUCACAAGCUGAAGAGCCACCAGUACUUUAAUGAAAUAGUCAAUAAAUUAUUGUCGAGCACAACAAUUCAUUUAUCAGAGCAUGACAUAUCCAAUUGUGCGAGAGAACCAAACAUGGCUGCCAUCAACGCCUUGCGUAACUUUAAAGGGAAGUCUUUCGUGAUCAAUUACAAUGAAACUUCAAGCUCUGGUUUUGGAACUUUAGUGUCACUCUUGAAUUGUUUUGACAUUUACUCGCCGAAAGACCAUCGCCCAUUCAACCUCUACAAAGGGCUAUUUCGGUUCUCGAUGAAUGACAAUGAUGUAUUUUUGCUGGAGGCAUCAUCUCCGUUCUUGCGAACACAUUCGCUUCCAUUUUAGAGGAAGCUGCCUUAAGUUAUCAAAGCGAUUCACCCCAUGAAUGAGGAAAAUUUGACCAAACUGUUGAAUAAUAUGUGUAAAGGGAAUUUUUUUUAAAUAGAUUAGUUAGCAAAACGAUACAUGCAUUUUGAUACAAAAUAAAGUGAUAUAAAAUUAUCCUUA